CCACCGGCGUGGAAGAGAAGGACGCGCGGCCUCUGGCGCCUCUCCGGCGACCUCCUCGCGGACUAUGUCCCCAGCGGGGCGGCGUGGCGUGCUCUGAUCGCUGGGGUCCCUGCGCUCCUACAGCCAUGGGCUCGGGGAGACGACGUGAGACGACCGCCGUGCCGUUGCUGGUGGCCGUGGCUGCGUUGCUGGUGGGCGCAGCUGGCCACCUGUACCCUGGAGAGGUGUGCCCUGGCAUGGACAUCCGGAACAACCUGACCAGGCUACAUGAGCUGGAGAACUGCUCAGUCAUCGAGGGCCAUCUGCAGAUACUCCUGAUGUUCAAAACGAGACCCGAAGAUUUCCGAGACCUCAGUUUCCCCAAACUCAUCAUGAUCACUGACUAUCUGCUUCUUUUCCGUGUGUACGGCCUGGAGAGUCUGAAAGACCUCUUCCCCAACCUUACUGUCAUCCGAGGCUCCCGCCUCUUCUUCAACUAUGCUCUAGUCGUCUUUGAGAUGGUCCACCUGAAGGAGCUGGGGCUCUACAACCUCAUGAACAUCACGCGCGGCUCCGUCCGCAUUGAGAAGAACAACGAGCUCUGUUACCUGGCCACCAUUGACUGGUCCCGGAUCCUGGAUUCUGUGGAGGACAACUACAUCGUGCUCAACAAAGAUGACAACGAGGAAUGUGGGGAUGUCUGUCCGGGCACUGCCAAGGGCAAGACCAACUGCCCGGCCACUGUCAUCAAUGGGCAGUUUGUGGAACGCUGCUGGACACACAGCCAUUGCCAGAAAGUUUGCCCGACCAUCUGUAAGUCACACGGCUGCACCGCCGAAGGCCUGUGCUGCCACAAGGAGUGCCUAGGCAACUGUUCGGAACCCGAUGACCCCACCAAGUGUGUGGCCUGUCGCAACUUCUACCUGGACGGUCGGUGCGUGGAGACCUGCCCGCCUCCCUACUACCACUUCCAGGACUGGCGCUGUGUGAACUUCAGCUUCUGCCAAGACCUUCACUACAAAUGCAGGAACUCCAGGAAGCCUGGCUGCCACCAGUACGUCAUUCACAACAACAAGUGCAUCCCUGAGUGUCCUUCUGGCUACACCAUGAACUCCAGCAACUUGAUGUGCACCCCGUGUCUGGGACCCUGUCCUAAGGUCUGCCAAAUCCUCGAUGGCGAGAAGACCAUUGACUCCGUGACAUCUGCCCAGGAGCUCCGAGGCUGCACUGUGAUCAAUGGCAGCCUGAUCAUCAACAUUCGAGGGGGCAACAACCUGGCAGCUGAGCUGGAGGCUAACCUUGGCCUCAUUGAAGAAAUCUCAGGGUUCCUAAAAAUCCGGCGCUCCUAUGCUCUAGUAUCACUUUCUUUCUUCCGGAAGCUACAUCUGAUUCGAGGAGAGACCUUGGAAAUCGGGAACUAUUCCUUCUACGCCUUGGACAACCAGAACCUCAGGCAGCUCUGGGACUGGAGCAAACACAACCUCACCAUCACUCAGGGCAAGCUGUUCUUCCACUACAACCCCAAACUCUGCUUGUCGGAGAUUCACAAGAUGGAAGAAGUUUCCGGAACUAAGGGCCGCCAGGAGAAGAACGACAUUGCCCUGAAGACCAAUGGGGACCAGGCAUCCUGUGAAAAUGAGUUACUUAAAUUUUCUUUCAUUCGGACAUCUUUUGACAAGAUCUUGCUGAGGUGGGAGCCCUACUGGCCUCCCGACUUCCGAGACCUCCUGGGAUUCAUGCUCUUCUACAAAGAGGCCCCUUAUCAGAACGUGACGGAGUUUGAUGGACAGGAUGCUUGUGGCUCCAAUAGCUGGACUGUGGUAGAUAUUGACCCACCCCAGAGGUCCAACGACCCCAAGUCUCAGACCCCGAGCCACCCUGGGUGGCUAAUGCGAGGCCUCAAGCCCUGGACUCAAUAUGCCAUCUUUGUGAAGACCUUGGUUACCUUCUCCGAUGAACGCCGGACCUACGGAGCCAAAAGUGACAUCAUCUAUGUGCAGACAGAUGCCACCAAUCCUUCUGUCCCCCUGGACCCCAUCUCGGUUUCUAACUCCUCCUCUCAGAUUAUCUUAAAGUGGAAGCCCCCCUCCGACCCCAAUGGCAACAUCACGCACUACCUGGUCUACUGGGAGAGGCAGGCCGAGGACAGCGAGCUGUCUGAGUUGGAUUAUUGUCUCAAAGGGCUGAAGCUCCCCUCGCGGACCUGGUCCCCGCCUUUUGAAUCCGACGAUUCUCAGAAGCACAAUCAGAGCGAAUAUGAGGACUCGGCCAGUGAGUGCUGCUCGUGCCCUAAGACUGACUCUCAGAUCCUGAAGGAGCUGGAGGAGUCUUCAUUCAGGAAGACCUUCGAGGAUUACCUGCACAACGUGGUCUUUGUGCCCAGAAAAACCUCUUCAGGCAAUGGUGCCGAGGACACUAGGCCAUCUCGAAAGCGGAGAUCCCUUGAGGAGGUGGGGAAUAUGACGGCCACCAUGCCUACACUUCCAGAUUUUCCCAAUAUUUCAUCCACCAUUGUGCCCACGAGUCAGGAGGAGCACAGGCCGUUUGAGAAAGUGGUGAACAAGGAGUCGCUUGUCAUCUCUGGCCUGAGACACUUCACUGGCUACCGCAUUGAGCUGCAGGCAUGCAACCAAGACUCCCCAGAUGAGAGGUGCAGCGUGGCUGCUUACGUCAGUGCGCGGACCAUGCCUGAAGCUAAGGCAGAUGACAUCGUUGGCCCUGUGACCCAUGAAAUCUUUGAGAACAAUGUUGUACACUUAAUGUGGCAAGAGCCAAAGGAACCCAAUGGUCUGAUUGUGCUGUAUGAAGUGAGCUAUCGGCGAUAUGGCGAUGAGGAGCUUCACCUCUGUGUCUCCCGGAAGCAUUUUGCCCUGGAGCGGGGCUGCAGGCUGCGAGGGCUCUCCCCAGGAAACUACAGUGUUCGAGUCCGGGCCACAUCGCUGGCAGGCAAUGGCUCCUGGACAGAACCCACCUACUUUUAUGUGACCGAUUAUUUAGAUGUCCCAUCAAAUAUUGCCAAAAUUAUCAUUGGGCCCCUCAUCUUCGUCUUCCUCUUCAGUGUUGUGAUUGGAAGUAUUUAUCUAUUCCUGAGAAAGAGGCAGCCGGAUGGGCCAAUGGGACCAUUGUAUGCAUCUUCAAACCCUGAGUACCUCAGUGCCAGUGAUGUGUUUCCUUCUUCUGUGUACGUGCCGGACGAGUGGGAGGUGCCUCGAGAGAAGAUCACCCUCCUGCAAGAGCUGGGGCAGGGAUCCUUUGGUAUGGUGUAUGAGGGCAAGGCCAAGGAUAUCAUCAAGGGCGAGGCAGAGACCCGUGUUGCAGUGAAGACUGUCAAUGAGUCAGCCAGUCUCCGAGAACGGAUCGAGUUCCUCAACGAGGCAUCAGUCAUGAAGGGAUUCACCUGCCAUCAUGUGGUCCGCCUCCUUGGGGUGGUGUCCAAGGGCCAGCCAACACUGGUAGUGAUGGAAUUGAUGGCUCAUGGAGACCUGAAAAGCCACCUCCGUUCUCUGCGACCGGAUGCUGAGAAUAACCCAGGCCGUCCUCCCCCUACCUUGCAAGAAAUGAUUCAGAUGACAGCAGAAAUUGCUGAUGGCAUGGCAUACUUGAAUGCCAAGAAGUUUGUGCACCGGGACCUGGCAGCUCGAAACUGCAUGGUUGCUCAUGAUUUUACCGUCAAAAUUGGAGACUUUGGGAUGACGAGAGACAUCUACGAGACAGAUUACUAUCGGAAAGGGGGUAAGGGCCUGCUGCCCGUGCGGUGGAUGUCACCUGAGUCCCUGAAGGAUGGAGUCUUCACCGCCUCUUCUGAUAUGUGGUCCUUUGGGGUGGUCCUUUGGGAAAUCACUAGCCUGGCUGAGCAACCUUACCAAGGCCUGUCUAACGAACAGGUGUUGAAAUUUGUCAUGGAUGGAGGCUAUCUGGAGCCACCUGAUAAUUGUCCUGAGAGACUUACUGACCUGAUGCGCAUGUGCUGGCAUUUCAACCCCAAGAUGAGGCCAACCUUCCUGGAAAUCGUCAACCUGCUCAAGGAUGACCUCCACCCCAGCUUUCCAGAAGUUUCCUUCUUCUACAGUGAAGAGAACAAGGCUCCUGAGAGUGAGGAGCUGGAGAUGGAGUUCGAGGACAUGGAGAAUGUCCCCUUGGAUAGGUCCUCUCACUGUCAGAGGGAAGAGGCUGGCAGCCGGGAGGGAGGGUCCUCUCUGAGCAUUAAACGGACCUAUGACGAACACAUCCCGUACACCCACAUGAACGGGGGCAAGAAGAAUGGGCGCGUGCUCACCCUGCCCAGGUCAAACCCUUCCUAACAGCGCCUGCUGGGGGAGGAGUCUUUCUGUUUUUAAACUCUUCUCUAGUUUGACCGCCUCCAGGAAACUCAGGAUUAUCAGGACUCGACCCAGAUGUGAAACUGAGCUCAGAGAUAGUUCAUACACAUUUCUGUUUGUCUUUUGACCUACAAAUAUACACAUGUGAUUGCCAACCCUGCAAGCCGGCGGCGGAGGGCUAACUGUGAACCUCUAGGGGUUGGGCUUUCCGUGGCUCUGCCCCUCCCCCGGCCACGGUUUCAAACCAGGAUUUUGUUGUUGCUGUUGUUUUCCUCAUAGAUUGAAAGAACGCACCUGUUUUUACAGGUGUUUUUCUUUUCUUGCUAGUGUCGGAGUUACAGUUAGUUGUCAAAGACAGAAUUUAUUUAUGGAGCACAAGUCAGAAAGCAAAGAAGAGACAGAAAAAAAACAAAAACAAAAAGCCCAACCCAGAACCCUGUUUUAGCUUGGGCUUUGAGAAGGUUUCAUUAAUCUGAGAGAAGGAUUUUAUUUUAUUUUAGUUUUUUUUUUUUUCUCAUUCACAAAAUCAGUUCCUCAAAUUGACCAAUAGCUGCUGCUUUCAUAUUUUAUUUUGGGAAAGGGUGUGUAGUCCUAAGUGUGUGUUCAUGUGCACACUAGUGUGCAUCUGUGUGUGCGUUGUGUCCAGGUUAGAGAACACAGGGUGGGGUGGGGGUUGUGUGUGUGUAAAAUAUUAUCUGGACAGAUGCUUGGGGAACUGGCUCAGGAAGCUCCUGAUGCUUGGAGUAGGUGACCUCACAUUGUCCUUCCUUCUUACUAACUCAGCGUCUGUCCCUCCAGAGAUGCUUCUCAGUCAGUCAGAAGUCUUGCUCAGGGGUCUUCUUUCCCUCCCUUUGGCAAUGUUUUCCAAAAACCAAGGGAGGACCGUUUGGUCUGGAUUCAUCAGGGGUGUUUGGAAGACCAAACAAAGCAAAGGACACACACACAAACACACACACACACACACACACACACACACACACACACACACACGGGAAGUAGAAGUCAGAUGACAGUUUUGAGAAUAUAUUUGUAACAUAUUUAAUGCUUAAGGAAUCUCUGGCAUGAGCCUAAUAAGUUAUUAUUUCCUAGUAGGCACACCUGCCUAUGUGGGGAGACAGGACAGUGCGUGAGUCGCCUCUGUGUUUGGUCUUUGAAGCACACGUUUUUCUGAGAAUUAUACCACAUUAGCUGCUAGCCCUUCAGGACACGGUGAGGUCUUGUGGAGUAUGUGAGAAACUGGAUUUUUGACUGGUUCUGCUAGCAAGAUGGACUGGAUGUUUCUUGCUUGGAUACACUGGUGGUUACCUGGAACUGAGCUGGCCUUCCAGAACACCUGUGUUCAUCUUCGGGUUCUUCUCUGCUUGUGUACCUCACCUCUUCAAGGCCUACAUGUUGCUCAGUUAUUGUAUUAAACACAGCAAACUCAUCCCAAAGACCAAUGACACAGAUGGACUUUGAGAACACUAAGCAAUAUAUAAGGAGAUGUGCCCUGGGAUAGCUGUUGGUCUCCUCCACCCUUGGGACAUCUCCUAUCCUCCACACUAACCUCCCACAGCUGCUCCUGGUUCCAGGAACCUCAGCUCGGGCCAGGUGUGGCUCCUGAGUAUGCCUCAGUCUGGAGGAGGCAACAUCAGAGACUUUCUUCCCACCGCUAAGAACUUGUGAAAGGAUGUGAACCCACAGCUUCUUCUCUUUGCAUAAAAACCACAGCUGCUCAAGUGAAAGAAACAAACAACCAUGGUGAACUCAUGGACUGGGGCUCAAAAUCCUCCCACACAUUCUUCCCUGUGUGCAUUUCCCCACAGAUAUUUGAAACCCUUCUCUAGGAGAUGUGAGAUAAAGACCCAGUGUCCACCCCCAAACCCUCUUAUUCUUGGUUGAGAACAUGAGUAGACACGAAUCCUGAUUGCCAGUUACUGUCCAGUUUGUAUUAGAAAAAUGGCAGAUGUAAAAAUGUUACCAGGGAACUCAGUGAUUGGUACAAGAAGCAAGAGUCACAGUUUUUUCACCCAGAUCACUUUGUAAAUAGAGGGUCUGUGCAUCAAUGGAAGACAUGGAGCUCUGGUAUUUGUUGUUUAUUUUUCCUUUUCACAGUAAAUUUGUAGUGGUCAGAUGCUACACUAGCAGGAAUUUCCACAUUUUUUCUAAUUCAAAAGGUUUUCUUAUAUUACUGGGGAAAGUAUUUAUUUUAAUAUAUAAAAUCACUCUUGAAAAUCACUUUUGUAAAAAAAUGGUGUGCAUGUAACAUUUUUUUUAUCAAGGAAAAAUAAAAACAGGUGAGUGUG